UCCUUCGACGUGGCCGUCGUGGGGGGCGGGAUCAUGGGGAGCUGCGCCGCCUACAGCCUGGCCAAGGCGGGCAAGUUCACCGUGCUGAUUGACAAGUCCGCGCUGCCCAACCUCGGGGGCAGCAGUGCCGGCCUCAGCAGGAUCACGCGCAGGGCCAACUUCGGGAUUCCUGAACUGACGCCCAUCAUGGACGACUGCUUCAGGCUGUGGCAGGAGAUCUCAGAGAAGGCCCACGAGGAGCUCAUAAGGCCCGCCCCCAUGCUGGUGGUGGGGAAGGACCUCCAGGUGCUGUCCAAGAUGGCAGCGUCCGUGGAAGCGACGGGGCACGCGCCCACCUGGCUCUCCAUGCGGCAGACCAACGCCAAGUACAAAUCGAAGUUCACCGACGACUACUACGCCUUCGAGGACCCGACGGCCGGGGUUCUGAGGGCGGACAGGUGCCUCAUAGCGGUCCAGAAGCUGUUUCGCGACGAGGGCGGCUGCGUGCUCGACGGGUGGCCUGUGGUGGGCGUGGAGCCCGGGGAGCCCUGGACCAAGAUCUUCGGGCCCCGGGGCGUCAUCAGGGCCCGCUGGCUGGUGCUGUGCCCGGGGCCCUGGGCGAGCCACGUCCUCGAGCACCUCGGCGUGUACUUGCCUCUCAGAUCAGUGCGGACGACCUCACUGUACUUCCGCAACGAGCAGUUCCCUUUCUCGAGUUUCGUGGACUGCUCCGUCGAGAACAACCACUACUAUGCGCUUCCUGCCAUGGAGCACCCAGGGCAUAUCAAGGUGGGUCUCCAUGACGGCGUGGAAAAGGAUCCGAACCAGAGCCGAGAAGUUGACAUAUCGGAGUUGAGGCAAAAGUCGAUUUCUUACUUCAAGAAUUACUUCCCGGACUUGGCGGAGCAGUAUGCCUUCGAGCAGCUGUGCUAUUACACGCUCACGCCCGAUGAGGAGUUCAUCCUCGACCGCCAUCCUCGCCACCGCAACAUCCUGUACGCCGUAGGAUUCUCAGGCACUGGCUUCAAGAUCGCGCCCGUGGUCGGCGAAGUGCUCAGCCGCAUGGUCCAGGGGGAGGCGCCCAAGCACGACGUCAGUGCUUUCGCCGCGAAGAGGUUCGAUAAGGACAAGGCGAUGAAGAGUAAAUAUUGAGGAACUGGAAGGGGACGCGAUAUGCAGCAUUGGUUGUGUAGAAUUAUGUAGAAUUGCAGAAGAAUCGAGGACAAUGCAGUGUUGUUUUUGUUAAUACUAACCAAAGAAGAAGAAAAAAAUGGUAUGGGUGUAUAGAGUACAUUUUAUUCUUACUAAAGGUUGUAUUGUGUUAUAUGAAAAUAAAAAUAAAAAUAAAAAAACUCCUAUUCAUUAACAAAACAUGGGUAUUCCUGGAAAAUUUAGAUAUCUACAUCAUGUUACCUUGCAAACGAAUAAAUGGAAAUAAAAGUUUA